CUAUCACAAUCACAUUGGUAUGUUAGAUCAUCAGAUUUUAACAUAACCAUCUGACCCCAUAAUAUAAUAUAGGUCUUAUGUAAAUAUAAUUGGUAAAAUUAUGUUCUCACUAACAUGCAAAACCAAGAUUCUGAUUUCAUUGGCCCCUUGAUACAUGCUUUUUCCACUGUUGACAUUCUAAGUUGGAUUAUCAGUAGAGAUGUUGCAACUACAAGAAGUGUACAUUUCUUCUUUCACCAUAUCAUCUACAUCUCUAAGUAUUACAUCUCAACCAAAUUAACUUUUCAUAAUACAUAAACCAUACUCUAUAAAUAACAAGCUAAAACACACUAACAAAUCAGUGAAAUCACACACAUCCUACAAUGGCUGCAGUGUUUUGGGCAUUGGCAUUAGCAAGCCUGUGCUACCCUCUAGCCUCAAUUGAUGCACAAUCACAUGCAGCAGCACCUUCUAAAUUGCCAAUUGAAACUUCACCAUCUGUAGCCAAACAACAACCUGUUGUAGCAGCAGCUACUCCUACUUAUAACAAACCCGUAACCGCAAACACGGCAGCUGCACCGUCAAAGUUGCCAACCACAAAUCCAUCUGCAACUUUACCAUCAGUAGCCAAACAGCAACCUGUUGUGGCAGCAACUUCACCUACUUCUAACAAACCCGUAACCACGAACACGGCAGCUGCACCAUCAAAGUUGCCAACCACAAAUCCAUCUGCAACUUCACCAUCAGUAGCCAAACAGCAACCUGUUGUGGCAGCAACUUCUCCUACUUCUAACAAACCCGUAACCACGGUCACGGCAGCUGCACCAUCAAAGUUGCCAACCACAAAUCCAUCGGCAACUUCACCAUCUGUAGCCAAACAACAACCUGUUGUGGCAGCUACUCCAGCUAGUAGUACAAAGAAACCACCAGCAGCAACUUCUCCUACUUCUAACAAACCCUGGACCACAAUCACGUCAGCAGCACCUUCCAAAUUACCAACCAUAAUCCCUGCUGCACCUUCCAAGUUGCCGACGGCAGCAUCGCCAACUUCUGGCACUCCUUCAGCGGCUAAAAAACCACCAAUUGUGGUAGCAACUUCUCCCUUUUCGAGCAAACAACCAACCACCACUCAACCGCCUGCAACUUCAAAAUCAUCUCCAGUAUCUAGCCCUGUAAAAUCACCAGUUCCUAAAGUUACGUCACCAACAUCUUCCCCUGUGAAGUCACCAGUCCCCAAAGUCACAGCUCCAGUGAAGGCACCAGUUCCCAAAGUUACAUCUCCAACAUCUUCCCCUGUUAAGUUACCAGUUCCAAAAGCUACAACUCCAACAUCUUCUCCUGUGAAACCACCAGUUCCCAAAGUAACAACUCCGACAUCUGCUCCUGUGAAACCACCAGUUCCAAAAGUUACAACUCCAACAGCCGCACCUGUGAAACCACUGGUUCCGAAAGUUGCAACUCCGAUAGCUGCACCUGUGAAACCACUUGUACCCAAAGUUACAACUCCAACAGUUGCACCUGUGAAACCACCAGUUCCAAAAGCUACCGCUCCAAAAUCUGCACCUGUGAAACCACCAGUACCAAAAGUAAAACCUCCAACAUCUGCUCCCGUGAAAUCACCAGUUCCUCCAAAACUUGCUCCUGCAAAAUUGCCAGUCCCAAAGGUUACACCAGCAUUAAGCCCCAAAACUCCAUCCCCUAAAAUUCAACCACCGCCACAUCCACCCAAAAAAGCACCUGUUUCUCUUCCACCUAUUUCACUUUCACCAUUACCAUUGCCACCAGCUUCUUUACCACCAAAGGUAUCCCCGACACCUGCAAAGGCACCAAAAGCACCGGCACCAGCCAAAGAAACACCAGCACCAGCCCCAGCACACAAAAAGAAAGCACCCGCACCAGCACCCAAACACAAAAAGAAAGCACCAAUAUCAUCACCUGUUCCUUCCCCGGAAAUUAACCCACCAUCACCUGCACCAACACCAAUAGACGCACCAUCAUCAGUACCAGCACCAGCACCUGAAGAUGAUGCGCCACAACCACCACCCCACAAGCACAAGAGAAGAAGACACAAGCAUAAGCAUAAGAAACAUCACGCAGCGGCUCUAGCUCCAGAACCUACAAGUUCAACAAUCAUUAGGAGGAGUCCCCCAGCACCAUUAGCUAAUGAUACUACUCCAGUGGAAUCAGAUGAGCCACCAUCACCAGCACCAAGUCCCAAUGCGAGUGGUGCAACAUCUUACCAAGGGCAAUGGAGAAAGAUGUUGGCAACUAGUGGACUUGCUAUCGCCAUUUUGUUAUGUUGAGUACCUGCAGCAGAUGCUAUAUAUACCAGGCUCAUAUGACAAAACAAGGAUUGAUGCGAAGCGGAUAUUUGGUUUGCAAAAAUAUAAAAUUAUUUCACAUGUAUGGAAUUGAACAUGAAAAAUUACACCCAUAAAUUAUUAAAUUUUUUUAUCCUUUUGUUCUUUCAUUGUAUUGUGGUCUUUCUUCAAACAACAUGAAUAAUAUGAGAUUUUGAGUUAUCAGCAAAA